UACGUAAUAACUAAAGAGCGUAUGAUGCGUUCAGGAAAACGGGUUUUCAAAUUUGCACGUUGCGAAUUCUUAAAUAAAAUGUCUCGUAUUGUAAAUUCCUUCACUUGCAUGGAGAUUUUGAACACAACACGGUCAGCAUGUGCAGUCGUCUCCGUGGCAACAUUGCCAUAGUGAAGUGGGCUGGCUCGAAACAAUUUGUGUUGUAGUUCAAUGAACGCACUGAUUUCCGGAUCAGAGGAAGACUGAAAUGAGGAUCGGGAUUUGCGAAAGAUAAUGCCUGAUGAAGAGCCUUGGGUUGGAUCAUGGAGGCCCCACAGACCUCGAGGGCCGAUAGCUGCCCUCUAUAGUAGCCCAGGGCCCAAGUAUGCACUGCCUUCACUCACAGGUUCAUCACUACAUGAUCCGACAAAACACAAAGCGCCCAGUUUCAGCUUUCGGGCCACCUAUGACAUAAGCUCGCAAGAAAUCUCGCCCGGACCUAAACACCUCAUCCCCUCCAACAUCACCAAAACGGGCCGUGAUGGAACUCCAGCGUUUUCAUUUGGCAGUCGCCCCAAGGAACUAGCGCGCACCCAAGUGCCUGCACCCAAUCAUUACCACCUUGAGAGUUCAGACAAGGUCACUUAUCACUCUUCCCCUUCCUAUACGUUGUCCGGGAGAGGAAAACAUGUUGUACAUAGCAACCAGAAUACUCCCGGUCCAGCAUCCAACACUCUACCUCCUGUGUUUGGACCCAAAACUGUCAAUAUACGCGCAGCACCCGCACACUCGCUCUACGGUCGCAGUAAAAAUGGCAGCUUCAUGGAAGACUCCACAAAGUCUCCAGGCCCUGCAGCCUAUCAUGCUGUGGAGCCUCAGAUUUACCUAAACAAAUCUCCUCAGUACAGCAUGCCAGGGCGCAAGUUCAUGCCUCAAGGUGCUACGAGGACGCCAGCACCUGGAGUCUACUGUCCUGAGAAGGUCACCACCACGCAUUCCAAAGCGCCAGCCUUCACCUUUGGACUGCGUCACUCGCAAUACACCAUAUGCCCCAUCAUGGAUGCAGACAGAUACCAACAGUCAUUGUCCUUUCUUUGAGCUGGGGGAUUUCAACACCGUGACAUCAGAUGAAGCAAAGAGGCCAAAAUCAGCAAAUGAGAUUUGUUGAUUGGAUUUCACAGUUCAGCGUUUGCAAUAUUUUGUCUUGUCAAGCAUUUAGUUUGGUUAGCAUGUGAUUUGCUAAGAAAUGUAAACAGGCGAGAAAUGUCCUUUCCAUCACAUCCUACUGUGGCUCCUCAAAAAAGGCUUGUUAAAUCUCCCACAUAUGCAUCCAGCAGGUCGCACUUGCGAUUUCAUUAGUGUUAGAGAAAUUAACUACAUUGUGUUCGACAAUAUUUUUUUAAUAAAAAGAAUAACAGUGAAAGUAAUUAUUUUUCUUAAUUAUUUUGGUACAGUACAGUACUGUACAGUUGCUGUUCAGUAAACAUCCAUCAAUCAGUUUAAUGUUUUUUGGUCCUGAAUUGUUCACACUCAUUCUUAAUAAUGGUACAGGUGAUGUUUUAAAAGCACUUUACUAGGUUACUUCAGAAUGGUGCACAAGAUGUGCAAAAUGAGCAAAAAUGGCAAAUGGCCUUGCCACUUUCCAUUUAUUU